AUGUCGUGUUCAAAAGAAAAACAUAAAUCAAUGGUUCCUCUUAAAACUUUGGAUAUUAUAUUUCGCCGUCGCUACGUGCCAAAUACUCAGCACUAUUUCUCUAAUAGAAAACAUGCUCUCAGAGAGGAAAAGGUUUUAACCAAAACUCGACCAUUCCGUAUACCUAAGUCUGAACAAUUACUUUCAUAUAUAAAAUAUAGCGAUCGUAAAGAAAAAUUAAUAAGCAAAAAUAGGUUAUAUCAGCCGCUACAUUUAAAAGACAAUCUUAGAAUAGCUGCUACUAGAGAUAUUUCAAAAAGACUUUUUGUUGAAGAACCAGUAGAUGACGUAAGAGCAGUCGUCGAAAUUCAUCCAGAAUUUUACACUGUUAUUGAAGGUCGGCCACUGCGAAGCUUUGAUGACAUAAAAGUCUAUGUUAAUAAUAUUAGAAACUAUGCCAUGAAUCAACAGCAAAUAGGGUACAGACGUGAUCUUAUUAAGAAAAUAGAACAAAAUAUAGUUGACGAAUCUAAAGAGUAUGACGAAAUUGUAUUUAAAUUGAAACAACAUAUUAAAGAUUUUCAAUUAUUCCUGACAGAGGAUUACAAAAUAUCCUGUGCUAAAGUUUCAAAAGCAGAAAAAGUAUAUGCCGAGUUGACUGCAAAAGGCUCUGAAUUUUUGGGCUACGUUUCUAAACUAACAAUUUUAAACAAUGUCUUGUUUAAACUUGAUGCUAUUCGAAGUAUUUUAAAGACUUAUAGAAGCUACUUAAUUUUUGUAGCUCCAUUGUCAUGGCGCCAAACAUACGAUGAGAAUUUGAAACAUACAUUAACUUCAAUACAAUUUUCGACGGGAGAAUUUGUUACCGAUAACGACUUAGUUGAGACCAUGGAUAUUGAUAAAAUGAUAGAACUAGCAAAAAAAGAAUUAAAAAAUCCAUAUCCACCUUAUUUAUACUUUAAGCGUCCACAACAAAUGAUUUCCUUAUUUAGAACGAUGGAAUUGCAAAGCCGAGAGUAUUUAAUACAUCUUUCUAAAACUGAUGUCCCUUACAGGCUUUUACAAGAUCGUAUAAAGCAACUAAAAAUAACAACUAAACAGGAACUUGAUUACUUUGAGUAUUACAUUGAUUUUAUAAAGAACGAAAUAGCUAGAGAGACCUACAAUGAGAAUCAUUUACAAGAAAAGUUUUUUAGAAUAUUAAAUACGACUUUUUACGAUAGUAUAGCUAGCCCUAGCACCCUUAAAUUGAAAAUUUGUAUUGAGUACGUAUAUGAACAAAUUUUCGGUAAAUGUGAGGAAGGUCAUCAGAACUUACAAGAUCCUAUGAAAAUUCUAGAAAUCAUGUACGAAGACUAUAAUUUACUUCUCGAUUCUUUAGAUUUUAAAAUAGUAAAACAAGCUCAACAUGAUUUCUUUACCCAAGACCUAAAAACAAUGAAAAAUGCUUAUUUAGCUCAACGUGAACUAAGAGCUUUCCGAGAAAUGACAACUGCCAUGAAUAAGGCAUUUUUACCACCUUGUAAAUAUAAGAGGCCUAUUCUUUCUAAAUUUUUAGAUAAAAAAAGUCGGAUGGCAUUAAUAGUUGCUGAAAAGCGAAAAUCGCUGCUCCAAAGCGGUGAACGUAUAAAGCCUAAACAAAUUAAAAUAACACCGGAGGAGCAAAAUGGAUUGUUAAUGUUUACAGAAUGGUGUGAAGGAAUGAAUCCAACACCAUAUUUAGCUGAAUACUACAAAUUUGUAAAGCCUGCUUUCGAGUGGGUGCCGCGAAAAUCUGUCUUGCCAUAA